UAAAAAAAAAAAAAACAAUUACGAUGGGCAAGGGAGGAGGUAAUGGGAAUUUCGAAAAUUACACUGCCCAGGAACACCGUACACGACCCCAUAGUUCGUCUCUGUAAACACCAAAACAAACCCUAAUUCGUGAUCUUUCGCAAUUCUUUGUUCCCUUCUCAUCCACCACUAUCUUACGAAGUCAAAAUCAUAUCUUUUCUGCAAUUCCCAAAUAUCAGUUGCGAUUAGGCAAACAAAUUUCAAAUUUUGCCUUCUACCCCCCACCCCCACACUGUUCUGUCUUGCAUCUCGAUUGGUUGUUUUCCUUUUCAGAUCAGGUUCAGAUUUUUCUUCUGCCCCAGCUUUGGAGGAUCCCUCAGCUUCCCUGAGCGCUGGAUUUUCAGAGAUCUGGUUAUCAUUACUCUGGUUUGUGGAUAACAUAUGCUUCCAUCAACGGUUGGAAUUUGGAUGAUUUGGCAUUUGUUGGGAGGGAAAAUGGAGUAACUGGAUGGUUAAGUGUAAAGUUGUAAACAUUUGUAAGAUAGCGGCAUAAAAUUAUGGGCAGCAGUGAGAUGGAUAAAACACCAAAAGAGAAGGAGUCAAAGACUCCUCCACCUGCUUCACAGGAGCAAUCUUCAGCCACCAGUACCGGAGCCGUUAAUCCCGAAUGGUCCAGUUUUCAGGCAUAUUCUCCUAUACCUCCACAUGGGUUUAUGGCAUCAAGUCCCCAAGCCGCCCCAUAUAUGUGGGGUGUCCAGCAUAUUAUGCCUCCCUACGGCACUCCAACACAUCCCUAUGUUGCAAUGUAUCCCCAUGGUGGCAUAUAUGCUCAUCCAUCCAUGCCUCCGGGAUCUUAUCCUUUUAGCCCUUUUCCCAUGCCUUCUCCAAACGGUAUUGCUGAGGCUUCAGGAAAUACUCCUGGCAGCAUGGAAGCUGAUGGAAAGCCUCCUGAGGUGAAGGAAAAACUGCCAAUCAAAAGAUCAAAAGGAAGUUUGGGCAGUUUGAACAUGAUUACAGGGAAAAAUAAUGAGCCCGGUAAAACAGGGACUUCUGCUAAUGGAAUUCAUUCAAAGAGUGGUGAGAGUGCAAGUGAAGGUAGCAGUGAAGGAAGUGAUGCUAAUUCUCAGAAUGAAUCUCAAUUGAAAUCAGGGGGAAGACAGGAUUCUUAUGAAGAUGAACCAUCUCAAAAUGGCAGUUCGGCGCAUGCUCCUCAAAAUGGGGGGAUUAAUACACCUCAUGCGGUUGUUAAUCAAACCAUGUCUGUCAUACCUAUCACUGCAGCCGGUGUUCCUGGAGCUGUUCCUGGUCCCACAACAAACUUGAAUAUAGGAAUGGAUUAUUGGAGGGAUGGUUGCUGCUGGAUCACGAGAUAGUGUUCAGUCACAACUUUGGCUACAGGACGAAAGAGAGCUUAAAAGACAAAGGAGGAAGCAGUCUAACAGGGAAUCUGCUCGAAGAUCCAGAUUGCGCAAGCAGGCUGAGUGUGAUGAGCUAGCUCAGCGUGCUGAGGCUUUGAAAGAAGAAAAUGCUUCUCUGCGGUCAGAAGUUAGUCGGAUCAGAAGUGAGUAUGAGCAGCUAGCCUCUGAGAAUGCAGCUCUCAAGGAGAGACUUGGCGAACUACCUGGGACUGAUGAUCUUAGGUCCAGAACAAUGAAUGAUCAGCCUGCGGCUGAUGACCCUCAACAGAGCGGACAGGCAGAGGCCGUGGAGGGUGGCAAUUAGGAACAAUAUAUACUUGCCGCCACAUGUGGCAUUUGCAGGAAGAUAACCUAACACUAAUAGCCAAGAGCGAGUCCUUGUUUUGGAAUAGCUUGUAGCUCAAAUUGUACUAAAGCUGACCCAUGUUAUAGUCUCUUAGGUUCUGUUUAUGUUACAUGAUCCCUCAUUCCUAAUUUGGCAAUUUUUUCCUGAAAACUACUUGGUUUGUGUGUAGACUGUAGAGAGUGAAUUCUAUUUAACUUAUCUGCAGCUUAAAAGCUAGUGUUUCGGGUUAAAGUUAUAUGUAGUUGU